AAAAAAAAAAAGUUUUCCACCGGAGUAGCCCUUUAAAGAACAGAAUGAUUAAUGGUUACAAUACACAAUGCUUAAUAGUUGCCAUAUGCAAUACUUGACUGCAGUACACAUUGAUGGUUAAAGCACACAAUGAUUGGUAGUUGUAGUAGUACACAGUGCUUGAUGGGGUCAUGGGACAAAAUAUUUGCUGGCUACAGUAUACAUCUUGAUUGUUGCAGCACAGAAAAUACAAGGAUCUAACACAGAGCAGUUCACAGGGUAAAUAGUACAAGUUAAAAGUUUCAAUUUAAAAUAUGUAGUGGUAUUGUUAGACCUCCGCAUUAGUUGAGAUUUGUGAUUUCCUAACUUGUUCGUAGACACAGAAGCUUAUCCAAACAAACGUUACUCCAGUUUUAUUUCACACGAAUUACUGAUUCAUUUCCUAAUAGCUGCAAAACAUUAUAGGAGUUUACCUUUCCAAGUCCUACAUGUAAAAUUCAGCUAUAAAACAGGAAUCUGGGAGAAGGGAUGAGGAAAUAGUUUCAGAACAUAAAUUACCUGUUUACAUUUAGCAGAUUAAAGGAAAUAAAAUAAUACUUAUGUAUGCUCCACCCUUCUAUCAUUUUAUCUUAACAAGGGCCCAGAGGCGUUUUACAAAUUAGGCCAAGUGGACACAUUAGCUGCACAUUUUAAUUAACAUUUCAUCAAGAAAUUCGGAGCCAAAAUUGCAUUUAGGAGGUUGAACCAAAAGAAAACACCCACUUAUUAUUAUAUAAAAAGCUUAGGUUUAUUUGGAAAGGAAGCUUGCUAUCUUUUUCGCCUAGCUAAGCCACUUAUCAGCUAUCAAGAUCAUGUCUUACCGAAAAGGCUCAGCAUCUUCACGAGCAUCUGUUGGAGGCAGCAAAUAUGGGACAGCGGUUUGUUCCUUUUAUGGAAGCUCUAAAGGAUCAUGUGGUGCUGGAGGUUAUGCUGGAAGCCAAAGUGGAGGUGUUUCAGCUGGAUAUGGUGGGGCAGGAGCUUUUGGUGGUAGCCUAAGUGGUGGUUCUGCCUUUGGAAGUAACCUGGUUGGUGCUGGGGGCUUUGGCGGUGGCUUUGGUGGAGGUGUUUCUAGUGGUUUUGGAGGUGUUUCUAGUGGUUUUGGUGGAGGAAAUGUUUCUAGUGGUUUUGGAGGAAAUGUUUCUAGUGGUUUUGGUGGAAAUGUUUCUAGUGGUUUUGGAGGAGGUGUUUCUGGUGGUUUUGGUGGAGAUAACCUUCUGUCUGGAGAUGAAAAGGGAACUAUGCAAAACCUUAAUGAUCGCCUUGCUAGUUACCUAAAUAAAGUGAAGGCAUUAGAAGAUGCCAAUGCUGACCUGGAGUGCAAAAUAAGGGAAUGGUAUGAAAAACACAAGAAUGACAACAAGCAGGAUCGGGACUAUAGCAAAUAUUACCAAACCAUCGAUGACCUCAAGAAGCAGAUUCAAGCCGCAACUGUGGCCAAUUCAAGCAUUGUUCUUCAGGUUGAUAAUGCCCGCCUGGCAGCUGAUGAUUUUAAGCUCAAGUAUGAGAAUGAACUGUGCCUCCGUCAAAGCGUAGAGGCCGAUAUUAAUGGUCUACGUAAGGUGCUAGAUGACAUGAAGUUUGCCAAGUCUGACCUUGAGUCACAGAUUCAAAGCUUGACUGAGGAAAUUGCUUUCCUGAAGAAGAACCAUGAGGAGGAACUGAAGAGCUUGCAAGGAGUUACAGGACAACUAACAGUAGAGAUGAAUGCCGCUCCAGCAAAUGACCUGACUGAAAUUCUAAAUAACAUGAGAGCGGAGUAUGAAGAAAUGGCAGAAAAGAAUCGUCGAGAUGCAGAAGCUCAGUUUAAUGAAGCGUGCAAGACUCUGAAGCAGGAGAUCUCAUCGGGGGCUGAGCAGAUUCAGUCCAGCACGAGUGAAAUCACAGAUCUGAAACGAUCACUUCAAACUUUGGAGAUUGAAUUGCAAGCUGCUCUGGCUAUGAAAGAAUCACUAGAAAGCUCAUUGGCCGAGACAGAGGGCAACUAUUGUGCUCAACUUGGCAAGAUCCAAGAGAAGAUCAGCUCCUUGGAGCUACAGCUGUGUGAAGUCAGGACUGACAUGGAAGAGCAAGGCUUUGAAUACGAUCAACUUCUAGAUAUCAAAACUAGACUGGAACAAGAAAUUGAGACCUAUCGCUGCUUGCUGGACGGUGAUUCAAGCAAACCAGUUCAGCCUCCCCAAGUUCCAAAAGCGUCAGUUAAGAGUCGAAAGAUUAAAACCAUUACCGAGGAGAUGGUGAAUGGAAAAGUGGUGUCGCAUCAUGUAGAAGAAUCCGAGGAGAAAAUGUGAUCACUUCCACUGAACCAUAAAGAUACUUAAAAGCUGCUAAUUUCUUAAUUCUUGUGUUGUCCCCAUGAGGAACACGUUUUUAACCCUAUGCUUUUUCCUUCUGUGGCAUGCAUUUUAUAUAAUAGGUAGCUUUAUCCUAUCUACUGUAUCGGUAAACAUUCAUUAAAGC